AUGUUUUUGUUGUUGUUAUGUUAUUGUUUUCUAAAUGUUGAUGUUUUGACUGAAGAGUUUGUAGGCCUUGUUAAUAUUAUCUCCUUCGAUUUUCGUUGUUCCGAUUAUUCCGAUUUUCGUUGUUUCGGAUAUUCCGAUUUUCGUUGUUUCGGAUGUUCCGAUUUUCGUUGUUUCGGAUAUUCCGAUUUUCGUUGUUUCGAAUAUUCCGAUUUUCGUUAUUCCGGUUAUUCCGAUUGUUUCGGUUGUUAUUCCGAUUGA